AUGAAGCUUGCGACCACUUUGGCCGUUGCCAUCGUUUUGGCCGCCAGUGUCACCGAAGCCCUACCAUUUAACACGUGCACUUGCCUCUCACCGUGGCAUCACGAUGUCGUAGACUGGACAACGCUGCAAAAUGACAUGAAUCAGUUGAAUCAGCACUUCACAAGCAUCCGCACGUACCACGCGCUAUUUAACGGAGUAAACGUUAUUGACAUGGCGGCUGCAGCCAAUCUUUUUGUCUCGGUGAGUGUGCAGAUGGGUGACCGGAACGGGAUCGAGAAGGAAAUUCAGGCGGUAUGCGAGGGCUACAGCCGCAACUCCUGGGCUGUUAAGGCCGUCUUAGUCGGUAAUGAAAAUGUCCGGAACGGCAACUUUGGCCAGUACUCGGUCGAUGAGCUGAUUUACUAUAUAGGCCGAGUCCGGAAUUGCGUAGGACCAAAUACGCCUGUCGGAACAGCGCAACGCAUCAAUGAGUGGCUGACUGCCCCCGACGUGAACAGGCUGGCGAGUUUUUCAUCCGUCCUUGGUGCUAACAUCUACCCAUUUUUUACGCAAGGCACGCAGCCGGCCGUGCAGAAGCUGCAGGCUCAGUGGGAGCAGUUAGAGUCAAUGUACGGCCCAGAAAAGCUCCGCCUUACGGAGACUGGUUGGCCAUCCGAGGGUGGUUAUAACUUUGCGGGCAACGAGGCGUCGGUCAGCGAUAUGCAGCAGUACUUGAAUGACUUUGUCAUUUGGGUCGCUCGCAAAGAAGGCUGCUGGUUUAUGGCGUACGAUUCGUCUAUCAGUUACUCGGGCGCGGAAUAUGAAAAGCAUUUUGGUCUCUUUAACACUAGAAUGGGCUAUAAAGUACAGAUUCCUACAAUGUAA